AUGCAGUAUGCAUCAAUUCCAUCAUCCAAGAAAAGAAACCUAUAUCGAAAAUGAGAAGGAAAAAGGGAAAAAAAUAAAAAUAAAAAUGAAAGCAAAGGAUGCUAAUUAAUGAGAGUUUAUAUGCGCACAAGCAUGUAUAUAAAUAUGUAUAUCUAUUUGGGGGAGAGAAAUCACUCUCACAUAACAGGAAAAGGCUAGAGGAGGAGUUAACAGGAAUUAGGGUUUGUAGUGAGCAUGGAUUCUGAUAGCAACCUAUCUCCCAUUUCGUCCGUAAGCACUGAUGGAGACUUUUCACGCAACUGUUUCAAUGUAGUUUUCAUGCAAAAGUUGUUGGCUGAGCUCAUAGGCACCUACUUCUUAGUAUUUGCCGGUUCCGCUUCAGUGGUGGUGAAUAUGGACAUAAACAGAGUUGUCACACUUCCAGGAAUAGCAAUUGAAUUUGGAUCGGUUUUGAUGGUCAUGAUUUACUCUGUUGGCCAUGUAUCUGGUGCACAUUUUAACCCUUCUGUAACCAUUGCUUUAGCCUCCUGCGGAAAGUUCCCAUGGAUGCAGGUACCCUGGUAUAUCUUAGUUCAGAUCCUUGGAUCAAUUCUAGCAAGUGCAACAAUUCGACUGUUAUUCGAAGGGAACCAGGAUAAGUUUGCGGGAACACUCCCGACUGGGUCAGAUUUGCAGGCUUUCUUGAUGGAAAUCAUAAUUACAUUCCUCUUCUUAUUCGUCAUAUCGAGUCUUACCACUGAUGAUCGAGCUAAUCAACCUCUUGCUGGACUGGCAAUUGGAGCUACCCUUACAGCAAAUGUCAUGAUUGCGGGGCCAAUUUCAGGGGGUUCAGUGAACCCAGCAAGGAGUCUGGGACCAGCAAUUGUUUCAAGCCGCUAUGAGAAGUUAUGGAUAUAUUUAUUAGGCCCCACAAUAGGUGCCAUUGGAGGUGCUUGGGUGUAUGUUCUCGUCGGAUUCCAAGCAAAACCCUCGCCAGAAAACGUCACGUACAGGGCCAAAUUGAGAUUUAAGACUCCUUGCCUACUCAAACAAUGAUAUUGUUCGAAUAGGCCUCCCUUCGAUGAUUUUUGAUCAAAUGUCCUUCACUUAUCAGAAACAAUAAAUAAAUAAUAUCAAAUGUCUUAAAUAUCAUCACCAUUGAAGAAGACUUUAACACCCUUAUCAAUUCAAUUCAAUUUUAGGUGAUCACGUUUUCAAGGAAUUCACAAAUUUCCGACACUUUCUUCAUCUUGAACGGUCCAUGAUUUACCACCCUGAAAUUUCCUUCUUCGCUGUUUUAUUUACCUCUUUUGGACAUUUGAACAAGAGUUGUUUACCAUACCAUCUACAUUGAGAAAUUUCAUUUAAAAUUUAAAAAAGAAAGUUAUAUUUUAGAAUUUCCAUGUACAUUGUACUUUUAUUAUUGAAUGUAGUAUUGAAUGAAAUUUUAGUGGCAUUGUUUUCUUA